AUGGCUCCGCCCGCCAAACGCCGCAGACGGAACCCUCUUGAUGCCUCUGAUGACGAGGAACAGCCUCAGGCCAACAACACCCUUGCCAACUUUCUGCUCUCUUCACCAGUCUCCCUCUCCCCCCCCAAACAUCGAGUUUCCACCCCGUCCCCCAGCCCUCUCAAAGCAAGAAUCGCAUCGCGGCCGUCCGCUAGCAGCCCGUCACCUCCCAAGACGAGGCGGGGAGGAGCCUCGCACAAGAUUGGCCGUGGGUCCAAUGCGACAAAAUCCAGAGAUGCCGGACGGAGCGAAGAAAAAAAGGGCAAGACUGCCGAUCUCAAGACUCUCUUCUCCAAUCAGGCCCAGCGAGCUUCGACAGCCAGAAGCAACGCCGAAACGAGGCCGUCGCCCGUCAACGACCCCAUAAGUGACCCCAUUUCCGAGGACGACGAGAUAUCCUCGCUCAAGGCUAGCUCGUCCAGCCUGGUCGGUCAACAUGCUCGCAAACGGCUGAGAAACGGUAGCGUCGCCACGUCAGGCGAGCCUUUGAGUGCCGGCCUCAAGUUCUUCAAGCCACCCAAACCCACAAACCCCAUCGGCGCGGAUGACGAGCUGCGACCAUGGCCCGAACGGUUCGGACCUCUGAACCUGGACGAGUUGGCAGUGCACAAAAAGAAAGUCGCCAAUGUCCGGAGAUGGCUGGAAGAAGUCAUGGCGGGUCGCUUGCGUCAGCGGCUCCUGGUAUUGAAAGGACCAGCUGGCUCCGGCAAGACGACCACAGUACGUCUGCUUGCCAACGAUUUGGGAUGCGAGCUCCUGGAAUGGAAGAAUCCGGCCACAACCGCUGGCCCAGGCUUCCUUUCUGCUUCUGCGCAGUUUGGCGAAUUUCUAGGUCGAGGAGGCAAGUUCGGAACCCUGGAGACGGACGGCUCGUCUAGCGCAAUCUCGCCCAUCUCGCAUGGCAACGGGAACGGCAACGACCCAAGUAAAGCCAGACGCAUCAUGCUCGUCGAAGAAUUCCCAAACACAUUCUCUCGAUCAUCCUCAGCAUUGAGCUCCUUCCGCGGCGUUAUCCUGGAAUACCUAGCUGCGCAUGCGUCUUCAUCUCUUGCCCAGUCUGGAGCGAUGGCUCAACAUAGGACAGGUCCUGCCAGCCCAAUCGUUCUGGUCAUAUCGGAGACUCUGUUGACCACAACAUCCGCAUCAGCUGAUAGCCUGACCGCCCAUCGACUGCUUGGCCCGGAGAUUCUUGGUCAUCCCGGUGUCGGGAUGAUAGAGUUCAACGCCGUUGCGCCCUCUAUUCUUACCAAGGCUCUAGAGCUUGUCGUUGUCAAAGAAGCGAGAAAGUCGGGCCGCAGAAUGACUCCUGGUCCCCAAGUUCUUCAGAGGCUGGGGGAAAUCGGAGAUAUCCGCAACGCUGUUUCGUCGCUAGAGUUUCUUUGCCUGAAAGGGGAUGAAAACUCGGACUGGGGAGCCAAGAUUGCCUUUAAAAAGCCCAAGAAGAGCGUCAGGGGCCUCAUCGGCUUAACCAAAGGCGAGUCUGAAAGCCUCCAGUCAAUUUCCCAGCGCGAAGCAAGCCUGGGCAUCUUCCACGCGGUGGGCAAAGUCGUAUAUAACAAACGAGACGAAGCCGCCCCGUCCACUGACACGGUCGAGACCUUGCCGCCGUUUCUGUCGCAAAACGCCCGCCCCAAAAGAUCGCAGGUGUCGGUCGACUCUCUGAUUGACGAGACGGGCACGGACACGGACACGUUCAUUUCCGCCUUGCACGAGAAUUACAUCCUGUCGUGUGAGAGCACAGGCCCGAUGGACCUGUCGACCCCGAUGGAUUACGUCAACGACUGCAUAGAGCAUCUUUCCGAAAGCGACCUUCUCUGUCCGUCCAGAGACGUUUUCUCGCGAGGUCGAGGCGGCUUCGGCGGCUGGGAUUCGAGCAGCCAUGUUUUGCGCCAGGACGAGAUCACUUUCCACGUAGCUGUGCGCGGCAUGCUCUUCUCGUUGCCCAAUCCAGUCAAACGCAAGACAACGACAAUGGCAAAGGGCAGCGACGCCUUCAAGAUGUUCUACCCAACAAGCCUGAAGCUGUGGAAGGCCAAGGAGGAGAUUGAGGGCAUGGUGGGCCUGUGGUCGUCCAAGAUUCUGAAGGGGGAAUUGCAGCAUCCAACAAAGAAUCUCACCGAUGGUGCCGGCGCCUUUCUGCCGACCCAGCCGUCUGGUGAAUCAGCGUCGUGGAUGCAGCGGCAGCAACAAGCACGCAGCGCCGCUGCCGCGAAGCCUCAAGGACGAGGCGGCGAAGAGGGAUCGGAGCCGUCGCCGCCACUGCUCUCCCUAGGAAGUGCCGCUCAGCGAGAGAUGCUCCUCGAUCGUUUGCCUUUUAUGGCUCACAUAGCGCGAGGCCGCAACAUCGGCGUUCGCGCACGAGAUGUCGAAAAGAUGGUGUCGUUCCACGGGAUAUCCGUGGCGGGUGACCAAGAAGAGUCCGAGGCCGAGGACGAUUUCGCAUCGGGAGAACCCUGGGCAACAGACAGGCCUUGCGAAGAGCGCAGUCCGCGCAAGAGGAGGGCGGGCAUCAAAACCAGCGCCAUGUCUGGCAUGCUGGCACGAAAACUGGUGUUGAGCGAUGACGAUAUCGAGGAUUAG